GCGAAAUACUCUCGAUCAUUUCCCCUCCACACAAACAAACGAUGCUGCUCUCUGUAUCUUCGUUCUGAAAAUCGGUUCCUCCUGCCAUUGUUCAGUACUCAUCUUUGAUCUUUCUGAGCAACUCUUCGAUUUUUGUAUCACAGGGAACAAGCAAUGAACGGAUCGAGCUGUGUUUGUACUUUGUUCCUCAUUCUGAUUCUUUAUUCGGCUUCGUCUUUGGCUGGAAUAGUUGAUGAUCGGCGUGUUCCGCGCUCCGGUUUUCCUUCCAUCCAGGCCGAGGACCUGAUCAGAGAGUUCAAUUUGUUUCCUAAAAGUGAUGCCAAUAUCGUCCAUGGAAAUCUCGAGAAUUCCUCCAUGGUCGCCCUCGGGUCGAAGAGAAUCGUGGAGAAGCGUUUGAGAUUCCCAUUCCUUGAUGAUUCUGAGGUUUCUGUAGAAGACCUGGGCCACCAUGCUGGAUACUACAAGAUCGAGCAUUCUCGUGGUGCGAGGAUGUUCUACUUUUUCUUUGAGUCCCGCAACAGCAAAGCAGAUCCCGUUGUUAUCUGGUUAACUGGAGGCCCAGGAUGCAGCAGUGAAUUGGCUUUGUUUUAUGAAAAUGGGCCUUUUAAAGUUACUGAUAACUUGUCACUUGCUUGGAAUAAAUAUGGUUGGGAUAAGGCAUCAAAUCUUCUGUAUGUUGACCAACCAAUUGGUACUGGUUUUAGCUAUAGUUCUGAUAGACAUGAUAUUCGUCAUGAUGAAAAUGGUGUUAGUAAUGACCUGUACGACUUCUUACAGGCGUUCUUUGGCGAACACCCUGACUUUGUGGAGAAUGACUUCUUCAUAACUGGAGAGUCUUAUGCUGGGCAUUAUAUUCCUGCUUUGGCUGCCCGGAUUCAUCAAGGAAACAAAGCCAAAGAAGGAACUCAUAUAAACCUUAAAGGAUUUGCUAUUGGAAAUGGUCUUACUGAUCCUGCAAUCCAAUAUAGAACUUACCCAGAUUAUGCAUUGGACAUGGGCAUAAUUUCUAAGGCUCAAUAUCACCGUAUUAACUUGUUGGUUCCACCCUGCGAACUGGCAAUCAAUAUCUGUGGUACUGAUGGCACACUAUCUUGCUUGACUUCUUAUUAUGUUUGCAACGCCAUAUUUACCAGCAUUAUGUUCCAUGCUGGUGAUAUGAAUCAUUAUGAUAUCAGAAAAAAGUGUGAAGGGAGACUUUGCUAUGACUUCUCAAAUAUGGAGAAAUUCUUGAACCAGCAAUCUGUUAGGGAAGCCCUUGGAGUUGGGGACAUAGAAUUUGUUUCAUGCAGUACUUCGGUCUAUAGGGCCAUGCUAGUGGACUGGAUGAGGAAUGCCGAACUGGGUAUACCCACUCUACUCGAGGAUGGGAUCACGAUGCUUGUAUAUGCAGGAGAGUAUGAUUUGAUCUGCAAUUGGCUAGGUAAUUCAAGAUGGGUAAAUGCAAUGGAAUGGUCUGGUAAGCAGAACUUCACGGCUUCCCCUGAUGUCCCUUUCCUGGUUGAUGGUUCAGAAGCAGGAUUGCUUAAAACACAUGGGCCACUCAGUUUUCUCAAGGUUCAUGAUGCGGGUCACAUGGUCCCCAUGGACCAGCCCAAGGCUGCACUAGAGAUGCUGAAGAGAUGGACUCAAGGCAAACUCCAUGAAGAGUCAGUUGAUUCAGAAACCUUGCUCGCUCAGAUGUGAUGAUGGCAGGCAACAUAACUGGACAUUUGUCAUUACAAGUAUGUAGAUAUCUUUUAAUCUGCCGGAUCUAUUUUUAAUGUUUUAUCCAUAAAUUUUAAGUUAAGAUGCCCUGUUUUUCACUGGGUGUUCUUCGAUUUAAUAUAUCGCAUUUUAGUUUUAUAAUCUUUUGUUUUUCUACCCCAACUUUGUUGUCAAUUGGUCUCAGGCGAAAAAAACUCAAGUACUUUUUACUUCAGUCUGGAAGACUUUCAUGAGUUUUCUUGAAUGACUUUCAUGAGUUUUCUUGAAUGAUC